AUGGAGAGUAAUUUUUUUGAAGGAACCAUUCCUCAAUCUUUGACUCUUUUGAAAGGACUUCAAGAUUUAGAUAUCUCACUCAAUAACUUAUCAAGGAAUAUCCCAAAAGAUCUUGAGAGACUUUCAGCAUUGCAGAGUAUGAAUUUAUCCUUCAAUAAUCUUGAGGGGGAGGUAUCGGCAAAAGGAAUCUCUGGAAAUGCAAGUGUAGUUUUGGUGAAUGGAAACGACAAGCUUUGUGGGGGAAUUGCAGAGUUACAUCUGCCUGCAUGUAAACGGGAAAAAUCCAAUUCUUUUAGAAUAAUUUUGACGUUAAUUGGUAUGGUUCUUGGUUCUCUUUUGAUAUAUUCCUCUCUUAUUACUUUCUAUUGGAUAAGAAGAUCAAAAGGUAAACCUCCAUCCACACCAUCAAUCGGUAAUCGGUUCACAAAGCUUUCUUACAAAGAGCUCUUCCAAGCUACUGGAGGAUUUUCUUCAGCUAAUUUCAUAGGUUCUGGUGGUUUUGGCUGUGUAUACAAAGGAAUUAUCGAUCAAGAUGAAACCAUUGUCGCAGUCAAGGUAUUGAACCUUCAAAAUCCAAGAGCUCACAAGAGCUUUACGGUUGAAUGCGAAGCAUUAAGAAACAUUUGGCAUCAAAAUCUUGUCAAGAUUUUAACUUCCUGUUCAAGUCUUGAUUUAAAAGGCAAAGAUUUUAAAGCCCUUGUUUAUGAGUUCAUGCCUAAUGGGAGUCUAGAUUAUUGGUUGCAUCUACCGAUGGAGGCAAAUAAUCAUUCAAGGAGUUUAGGCCUUCUUCAAAGACUAAACAUCGCAAUUGAUGUGGCUUCUGCAUUGGAUUACCUUCAUUACCAUUGUUAUGCAACAAUUGUUCAUUGUGACUUGAAGCCAAGCAAUAUUCUACUUGACAGUGACAUGACUGCACAUGUCAGUGAUUUAGGUUUAGCAAGGCUACUUUUAAAACAUGGCGACAAUUCGACUCAGGCUCAAAUUAGUACCAUUGAGAUAAAAGGAUCUAUCGGCUAUACUGCUCCAGAAUAUGGCAUGGGUGGAAGGGCAACUAUAAAAGGGGAUGUAUUCAGCUAUGGGAUCCUUUUAUUAGAAAUGUUCACAGGAAAAAGGCCAACAGAUCAGAUGUUCACUGAUGACUUGAAUCUCCAUAACUUUGCAAAGGCAGCUCUACCUGUAAACAUUAUGCAAAUUUUACAUCCAACACUCCUACCCAAGGAAGAACACAGUGAAGAAAGUGAAGAUGAUGCUAUCAACAAAACAAAAGGCCCUAGUCAUAGGACAAAUAAAUUGCAAGAUUGCAUGACAUCAAUAAUUGAAAUUGCACUCCAGUGCUCCGUGGAAUCGCCAAAAGAACGUAUGAACAUGAAAGAUGUUAUGAGAGAACUACAUUUAAUCAAGGGAAAUUUCUUGAAAUCAAUAUAG